CGUUGUGUUGGUAGGUGAGUGCCAGUAAUGAGAGAAGCGCGAUGGUUUGACUUUUAGAGGAUUAUAUAAACUUCAAGUGAAAUAUCUCACUGAGGAACAAAAUUCAAUAUAACUGCCCUUCAUAAGUAGUUUAAGAACUUCAUCAACAAGUGGAAGCUUGAAGUUGUUGAAUAAAAGAGACCGAUGAUGUGACGGAACCAUGGAAAAAGCGCAGCGUGAAGGUUUAUCAUCGAAAUUUCGGAGCGUCCAAAGUUCACGCUAAGGAUGCUGAGAGCUGCAGGCCAGCGCUGCGUGCCGAUCGCAGCGCUCGUGGCGGUGUUGUGUGGUGGUAUCGCCGCGGCGUCGGUGAGAUGUGGCUCGUGCGAGAGCGACUCAACUUCCCUCACGUGCCCUAACUCAUUCAAUAUGCAGUAUUCGCUCUCAUUUUAUCCAUUUGAUGAUAACCUCAAUCAAGCACUGCAACUCACUUGUGACUACAUGUCCCCGGUCCUAAACUUGACAUGGAUGGAAAAGUGUAGUUUCCCAAAUGUUGUCCACGUCAAAAUUGAACUGUGCCCGCUUUUCAAGGAACCCUUGGCGAAGGUGUUAGAGAAGGUCGGUGUUGUACCUCAGAAUGUCCUUCAUUUGGUAUGGGAGACUUCACACACUCUGGAAGAUGGGGUCCAGUCCUGGCAUUUAUCUGGUCUGGGUAAUCUGACGUCGUUGCAACUGCAGCACAAUGAAUUCACAUCUCUACCUGAAGGCUUCCUCAAGCACACUCCUAAACUUCAAAAAAUUUAUAUCAACGGAAACCUUCUCUCGGAAUUACCAUCUGAUAUUCUUUCUUAUACACCCGAGGUAAAAAUUUUAGAUUUAGGAAAUAAUAUGGUGUCCAGUUUAAGAGAAAAUCUCUUGGAAAAUGUUAAAUCACUGGAGGUUUUAAACUUAUGGAAAAAUAGUUUCACUUCUAUCCCACCAAGACUAUUUUCAAAGAAUUCUGUGCUAAAUACUAUCGUUCUAAGUUCAAACAAAUUGUCGGAAAUUGAUCCGAAUUUAUUUGCCAACAUGAAAAUGCUCCAUACACUUGAUAUUCAAAUCAACGAGCUCCUAACCUUGCCGGCUGGUGCCUUCAAAGGAUGUGCGAAUCUAACGACAGUGUCGCUUCAGUUCAACAAAAUUAGCUCUCUGCCAGGAGAUUUGUUCAAAGGAACAGCAGUCACUGUGCUCAAUUUGGGGUAUAAUAGUCUUAGCAAUCUCACCACUACACUCAAUGACCUGCCUACUAUUGAAAACGUGACUUUGUACAAAAAUGCGUUAGUUAGUUUGGAUGCCAACAUGUUUAAAGGAUCAGCGAACAUCGUCAGGCUUGAUUUGCAAGCAAAUUCAAUUCAAAAUAUAAGUGAAGGAAUAUUUGAUCAUUUGACAAAACUAAAAGUGCUUCUCCUUAACAGCAAUUAUUUAAAAGAGCUUCCUCCAGGUUUACUUCGGAAUUGCAUUUCGUUGCUGCGAGUUUUCAUGCAAAAGAACGACUUGGCAUUGAUCCCUGUUGACACGUUUCCUAAUCGAGCCAGUAUCGUCAAGUUAGACUUGUCUGAUAACAAGCUGGCAUUCAAUGAUGAGGAUUUCGUUACUCCUCUCAAUCCACUCACUAACAUCGAAGAACUAUUCUUGUCGAACAACUUGAUGCGUAACAUCUUUUACGAUGCUUUGACCAUUUUCACGCGUCUCAGAGUGCUUGAUCUGCGAAACAACUCAUUGACAGUGUUGUCAGAUCGAGACAUAAAUUUUAUUUCCCAAAACGUUACCUUAUUGCUUCAAGAUAAUCAAAUCGUGAAUAUUUCAACGGACUUUCUUGGAAUAGAAACUGAAGGUAAAUAUAUUUCACUAUCGUUAGCCGGCAAUCCACUAAAUUGCGACUGUCAAAUGGAAACCUUCCUGAAAAAUGCUCAGUUGAUUCCACAUUUUGCAGUCAAUAAUGUGGACGGGUUUAAUCUAAUAGUUACAGAUGCCGACCUUACCACAUGCUCGCAACCAAGAAAACUGCAAGGCAUUCCAAUUUCCAAAGUUGACGCGUCGAAAGUUGUAUGCGAGUUUUCCUGUUCCCUUGAAUGUUCGUGCAACAUCAGACGGCAUGACUCUUUCAUACUGAUGGACUGCAGUGACCGUGGUAUGUCAGUCUCUCCUACCUUUACUGAAAGAUUCCAUAAACUGAGGAAAAACUUCAAGCUAAGUCUUGAUCUCUCGAAUAAUUUGUUCGAGAAUGUUAGCUUCUUGAGUGAACUGGAGUUUGGGAGGCUGGAGAACUUGGAUCUAUCGAACAACUCGUUGCAAGUAAUCAAUGGGACUGAUCUACCCCCGACACUACGAUUCAUCGACCUAAGCUUCAACAAUUUCUCAAUGCUUUCUCAAGACUUUGUUGAUUUCCUCAACCAUACAACGAUUGCCGUGCACUUGAGUGGCAACCCAUGGUCCUGUGACUGCGACUUGAGAAGCCUGCAUGAGUUCCUGAGGAACAACUACGAGCAGGUGGUGGACCGACAGCAAGUCGUGUGCUCGCACAACGGCAUGCCGGUCGAAGAGCUUCUCACCGAGGUGCUCUGCCCCUUCCUGUACCGCGCCAAGACGAUUUCUGCUAUCGCUAUCGGCACACUGAUUCUCAUCGUCGCUGCUAUCUUGGUUACUGCAGCUUGGUUCAGGAACAAAGAGAUGAUGAAGGUGUGGCUGUACUCGCACAACAUGUGUCUAUGGGCGGUAACUGAACAAGAAAUCGACGCUGACAAGAAGUAUGACGCUUUCAUCAGCUACUCAUACAAAGACGAAAAGUUCGUGAACGAAACUCUAGUUCCUGGCCUGGAGUCUGGCGACCCUAAGUACCGCGUCUGCCUCCACUACAGGGACUGGAUUCCUGGCGAGUACAUCCAGGAGCAGAUCCUUACUUCGGUCAAAGCCUCCCGUCGGACCAUCGUUGUUCUCUCCAAGAAUUUCAUAGAGAGCGUGUGGGGGCAGUUGGAGUUCAAGGCUGCUCACUCGCAGGCUCUUAAGGACAAAACAAAUCGAAUUAUCGUCGUUGUGUACGGAGACGUGCCGCCGUCCGAGGAGCUAGAAGGCGAGCUCAAGCUCUACGUCUCCACGAACACGUACCUGAAGUGGGGCGACCCGAAGUUCUGGGAGCGCCUUAGGUAUGCCAUGCCCCAUGCAAAAUAUCAGCGGCCGCGCAAAAAAUCCCAAGUUGAUAAGCUGGAGCUCGUCAAACCUGCGCACGAGUCUGCAACUAAAACACUGGACGACUGAAAUUCUAGACUCUCAUCGAGGGCUGAGCUGAAAUCAUCGACCUCAUCAAUUUCACUUUUUCUAGUUUCGAAGUGCAUUCCCAAAUGUUCAAAAACUGACAUGUUUGUGAUGUAAACUCGAGUGCAAGACUUUUUAUGAAUUUUAGGCCGUGAAUUUGAUUCGAAUUGCUAUUAAGUGAAUAAAACUGAAUGCAAGCGAAUCGGUGAUUUGACAAGUGCAAUAAAUUUGAGUGACUUAUUUGAAUGCGGUCCAUAGUUCGAGGUUGCGUGUAUUGAACAUUAUAGGAUUUGGUCGUCACAUUUUUUGUUUCGUGUAUUUUAUAUUCGGAAUAGCUAAUUAUGUUGCUUUUUAACCAUUGUCACAUCAGGAGUCUCAUAUGACUACACUAUCAACUUUCGUGGCGAUGUGAUUUAGUUAACUGAUUGAAACUGAAACUUAGUUUACGUAAUUGAAAACUAUAAUUGUACACGAUGACUUUGCCCUCAUCUUGUGAAUGAGGUGGAGAUGCUGUAACGGUUCUCAUUGCUGGCUCCAUGCGCGUACGCGAGCUGUGAUAAAGACAACAGAAAUAUUGUAGUGUGCCAGAUAACUUCUAAGGUAUGAUAGGUUUAGUUUAUACACCGUGCAGCUACGUUAUCGUCUGUACAAAGUUAAGUUCACAAUGUAGCUUGUAAGAAAUCCUAAGCAAUAUGUUCUGUCUCGUGUUUUUAUGUUCAGUAAGAUAUAUAAUGUUACUUUCUUAACUGAGAUAAGGGAUCAUCUGGGCGAGAAAUAACAUUGCUCUGAAAGAACUCUUACAUGACAUAUAUAUUGAGAUAAGUUAACACCAAGUGCAAUAAGUGUUGCAACGAUUUGGCACGUUAGCUUUGCGUUUUAUUAUAUUCUUAUGAUAGGUGAUUGGAAUUGUUAUAAUCGGUGACCUUUUCUAUCAACGGCGACAAUUAUGGUUAUUGACUACUAUAAAUUUUUACUCACUUGAGAACUUGUAUGCUAAGCAAUUGUCGAGUUUUAAGAGUUUUCUUAAUUAUCUUAGCGCAAUUAUUGAUAUUUGUACAGUACAAGCCAGAUUGUAUAGAUAUUAAUCUAUGAAUCGUUUGUAUAGAAUUAAGAUGUUUCUAGAGGUGAGUACAAAAUCACAGUGAGUCUUACAUCAUUUAACACCAUUUUUUGUUGGAAUCAACUUUUCAUACUAUAUUUCGUCGCGUUUGUCGGUUAUGGACAAUUACACUUAGACUUUACGAUAUUUUUCGUAAUUCAGACGCUUCGGGAGGUUGGAAUAAAGUUUAUUUUACUUUCUCACUCUUAACUAUGAGAGCAUGCCCUUUGUACUUCCGGCUUUGUGGUAAUGCAUGCAAACAUUUGUCACCCGGUGCGAUGCUGUUCAUAAUGAAUGCAAGAAGCGCGAUUUGUUAUAGCCACCAAUUGGACUCCAGUGAAAUUUGUAUAAAUGAGCAUACUUUUUGCAAUGGUCGAACUGCUCAAAUAAGCGAUACAAAUCCAGUCGUCAAUGAUUCUUCACAUAGGUUUUUGGUUCGUUAUGAAAUACCUUUCUGAUGUUGCGUACAGAUGUGUAAGUUAUAUUUGGGUAAGAGUUGAAGGUAGACCGACUUUGUUCACUGACUAUUUAUAAUUUUGUUGGAUGAGAACUUUCAUUACGUUCCUGUUUAGCAAUGUUAAAAUUUGGAUCACAAAUGAAAAAAUAAUUAUCGCAUCAAAAUUUU